CCUGAGUCAGCCUCUCCGCAGCAUUUCUCGCCCCCUCUCCCGCCCCAGCUAUACUCCGUACCUCCUUCCGAUCUGGUCGCAAUUCUUACCUCACCUGUCACCUCUCGCCUGUCACCUUUCACCUCUCACUUACCACAACUCGCAAAGUCACCUCUUACUCCUCCCUUUACAACAACCCGAUACUCGCUGGUCGCCGCGAUUUUCCUUUGUGAACUGCCUUCUCCCAAGGCUCCGGCCGUUUGAACCGGCAGACACCGCUCGUGCGCGCGAUUGAUGAGUCUAGUGCCUGCUGGUCUGGCACUCUGAGGCGCUCGUGAUGGGCUCCUGUUUUAGCUCAGAGUCUGGGGGGACGCCGAACAGAAGAAACGAAGUCAGAUGAUCGACCGCAAGCUAGAAGAGGACUCAAGACGACUACGGCGAGAAUGCAAAAUUCUCCUGUUGGGUUCCGGAGAGAGCGGCAAGUCCACGAUCGUGAAACAGAUGAAGAUUAUCCACCAAAAUGGCUACACCGUCGAAGAACUGGCGCUGUAUCGCUUGACCGUCUACAAGAAUCUCCUGGAUUGCGCCAAAGCGCUCAUCGGAGCCUACCACUAUCUCCAGCUCGAGCCCUCCAGCCAAAAGGUCAAGGAUUACAUCGGAUUCAUCGAAGAGUACAACGUGGACCCGGAUCCCAACACCACGCUUGAUCCGAAAAUCGGCGACGCCAUCACAUAUCUCUGGAAUGACCCCUGCACAUCAACGGUUUUGGAACAUCAGAACGAGUUCUACCUAAUGGACUCAGCGCCAUAUUUCUUCGACGAAGCGAAACGAAUAACCGCCGCCGACUACAUUCCGAACGUCUCAGACGUACUCCGCGCAAGAACGAAAACCACCGGUAUCUACGAGACCAGGUUCACAAUGGGGCAAUUGAGCAUACAGUACGUGGACCGCAAGACUUGCGAUUUGGGACAUUCUAACCAGUCACAGCAUGUUCGAUGUCGGUGGCCAGCGCAGUGAGCGAAAGAAAUGGAUUCACUGCUUCGAGAACGUCACCUCUAUCAUCUUUUGUGUCGCAUUGAGCGAAUAUGAUCAAGUACUACUCGAAGAGAGCAAUCAGGUAUGAGAUUCCAACGACCGAAUAUUCUGGAUCGAAGCUGACAAUCCUAGAACCGAAUGAUGGAAAGUUUAGUGCUCUUCGACUCUGUGGUCAACUCUCGAUGGUUCAUGCGGACAAGUAUCAUCCUCUUCCUGAAUAAGGUCGAUCUGUUCCGCCUGAAGCUACCUCGAUCGCCCUUGAGCAACUAUUUCCCCGAUUACUCGGGCGGCAAUGACGUGAACCGUGCUGCCAAAUACCUGCUCUGGCGAUUUAACCAAGUAAAUCGAGCACACCUGAACCUCUACCCGCAUCUCACCCAAGCCACCGACACAACCAACAUUCGCCUAGUCUUUGCAGCAGUCAAAGAAACCAUCCUACAAAAUGCUCUGAAAGACUCGGGCAUUCUAUGAUCACCUCGCCAUCUCCGAGACUCAGUUUCGCGAUUACCUCCCUCCCGCCUCACAACCUUACGACCAUACCACAUCGCUUCUCAACGUCGCUUUUGGUGUUAUUUGAUACCAUACUCCCAAUUACCCGAACAGCUCACAACGACCACUCAUACCCUUUUCAAUUUCCAACUUCCAAACUUCCCUAUUCUUGCUUUGACCAGCUGCAGGCGUUUAUGGCGCCUUUCUCGCUUCCAGGUCUGAUAUUUCAGGCGCUGG